GAAAUUUCUACCAGCUAAACUCUAACGAAGAAGAAAAAGUAAACUGCAACAUGGCGACUCCCAUGCAUAGAAUAAUAGCAAGGAGGCAAGCGUGAGUAUUAUCAAUAAAACUUGUUAUAUAUUUAUAUUUUUUAAAUAUCUUUGGGAUAAAAGACAGGUUUAAAAACAAAGGAUGUCGAGACUACAAGAUUUUAGUGAUAGAUAGAGGACUUAAAUUACGAAGCCUACAUGGCUUUAUGCUCCGCGAUGUUUGCUGAAUAAUGAGUAAGUCUUAUUUAACUAUGAGACUAUUUUACCUUCAAAACACUCAUUAAGAUCGUUGGUUUUGUGUUUUAACGAUCAAGUGAUCUUUUCGUUAACAUAAUCUACAUGUUAAACGUCUACAAUAAUACAAUAAUAUAGAGUAACAUCAUUAACGGUUGAAUGUAUAUUUUAUAGUCUGCGUUAACAAUGUAGCCUAUUUGAGGUCAUAUAAUCAGAAUAAACAUGCCUCCACUGAGACAUUUCAUCAGUCACAACAGAGUACCAACACAUAGAUAAAUCAUAUAGCACACUAGGACUCGGCGAUUUGGCCAAAAAGAGGAUCCCGAUAUACUUUGUCAUAUUGUCCGCUCUCGAUUUUUAUCCCGAUUUUUUUUAAACUGCCACUUUUAAAGCAUCUGUACUUAAAACAAAAAACAAACAAACUAGAGUUUAGUUCAACAUUUUAUGAACAUACAAAGUAAAUAACAAAGUAAACAGAAUUAGAUAAACAGAAAAAUAUAAAAACUAUUUUAACUCAACAGAAUGACAAAAGUAGAUAAAUACAAAAUAAGACGUGAAAUAACUUUUCUUCUUAACAAUAACAUCUUUGGAGGAUGACUCAAAGUCAUGGCUGACAUCUAUUUUACUGCCCUCAGCUCUACGUUUAGCUCCACGUUCAGUUACCCUGUUUACUUGUCCUGCAACUUACAGAAGUGAGCAGGAAAAGCUCGACUCUGAUUGGCUGUUGUGAUGCACAUUUUCGCCAUAUUUGAUUGAAUAUGUUCACAGCUGAUCACUGUAAUCAAACUGAAAUUUAUCAAGAUCAUUAAUCAAGAUCAUAUAAUCGCCCAAUCCUAUAGCCCACUAUAUGUGUCAUCAACAAGACUGAUGAAACACUCUGCUUAAAGAGCUGAACAGAUUAUUUUUUUUUUAUUAUUAUCAUUAGGAAAAAUAAAGUCUGGUUGUGAUACAGACCCUUUCCAAAGAAUUAGAAUAUCACUGAAAAGUUUAUUUAUUUACAUAAUUCCAUUUAUUUUAGAUUUUUUUGUAUUUAUUUGUUUAUUUUUGCAUAAUUUAGGCAUCCAGCUCAUAAAACCCACAAAAACCAGAAUUCAAAAAAAUAGAAUACUGUGAAGAAACCAGCCCAAAUUUUGCAGGUCAUGAAUGUUAAAAACCGAGUGUCACACAUUAAUCAUCUACUAAACUCAAAGCACCUGCACAGGUUUCCCCAGGCGUCAUUACAUUACAAGUUUGGUUCAAUUGUCACAGUUUGGUUCAAUAUGGAGAAGACUCAAGGGGUGAAAUUGCAGAUUUCCAAUUCAAAUUCUCAGCAAGCCACUUAAUUAAUGAAGUUUUUAAAGUUGCAAAUGCUACAAAACAUCCCACAGUUGAUUUACUGUAAACUGAUGAGGGAAUUUUAGCUGUGACUGCGGUGAUAGUUUAUCUUUCCCUCAUACCUUUUUCUGUGUUUUUGCUCACAGGGAGGCGAACAAACAACAUGUGCGGUGCCAGAAAUGUUUGGAGAUGGGACACUGGACGUAUGAAUGCACAGGGAAGCGGAAAUAUGUGCACAGACCCACAAGAACGACUGAGAUGAAAAAGAAACUUAAAGAGGUUGAAAAUGCUCCUCUGGGCAUCACUGGGUAAGAUGUUAAAAUGAGAUCUGUUCAUCUGUGUUAAAGCUGCUUUGGUGCCAACACAAUUAUAGGACUAAAGCCCAGAUUUUAAGCGCUAUCAUCAAGUUAGUGUGGAGGGUGUUUGAAAAGCUGCUAAAAAUGAUUCAGUAAGACAUAUAAUUUUUUAUGUGUCCUGUUCCAGGCUUUUCUCGCUGUUGAAGUGGUUAAUUUUCAAAGCCACACAUUUCCCAUUUCUUUAACAACGACAUCUAGUUAAAUUUCAUCCAUGACUGCUUUGCUCUUCAAGGUUAACAUCUCUGAAGCCUCUGAAUACAGACAAAAGCCAGUGUUCUUCUCACUAACACUCAUCUGCUCCACGUAUAGGUCUCAAACAAAAGGUGCAACAUGACUGCAUUUCAAAGAAGUCAAUUUUAGUUAGAAACAUGUACAUUGAGGGCAUUAAGUUGAGUUUUGCCACAGAAAAGAGCACACAAGUUAGUCUUUAUUGUGACACUGUCAGUGGGCAAAAUCUGAUCAGAGGACAGUGCUUUGCCUUUUAUCCCCAUCUAGAGGUCAGAGUGAAAAAUACAGCAUCCUGCAUGUUUAUGGUUGUCUGUUCUGUAUGAACAUUUCACAAACAGCUCAUAGUUAGGAAAUGUGUUUUAGGGGUUUGUUUGGAUAAAUAGGAAACGCUUUUCUGGUCGGAAUACUACUGAGAUGAUCAGUCGGUCUUCCUGUCAGCAUGAAGAGCAGUAGCCUACAGUAUAUCUAAAGUAUAGAUAUAUUUUUUAUAACUUCAUAAAAAAUUUUAAAAAGUGGCCGAUUAAUCAGUAAUCGGACCCCCCCCCCCCCCAAAUAUUGGUAUUGGUAUCGGCCCCAAAAAUCCAUAUCGGUCUGGCCCUAAUACAUGUUUUAAAAUGACUGAUAUAUCUGCCCCAGCAAUACCAGUAAAUAUCAACAGUAAUGUUUACACAUGGCACGGCUGGCAGCUUUUCUUAAAGCCUAAAGGGCAGCACCCUUUUGAACAAACUCAGUUUCUUGGCACUAAUGUAUUUUUUCCUUCUCUUUACAGACCAGGAAGUGAAAGUUCCAAUGAGAAGAAAGUUAAAAAGAAGUGAGUAUGUUGUAUUGUUUUUGUGAAUGAGUUUCAGUUGUAAUUUUGCACAAAUAUAUUUAAAAUCAAACACACAUGAAGCCUCUGACAUUUCUUUUGUGACUAACCAUUAAAGAAAUACAAAGAUUUCUAAAACCAGCUCCAUCCAUUUGUAAGUUUCGAGCUAAAGAAGACACCAGGAUGAGAGGAAAAAUGUCUUUUCUUGUUGACGUUUGUUUUAACUUUGAACAACAGUGAUCCGGAUGACUGACAAUCCUCACAGACCCACCGGCUCAUUCAUUGCAUGUGAGCUGUUGGAGUCACAUGAAAGUCCCGUGAGGGUGAAAAUUAACAUUUGAAAUGCGUGAAAAUCUCCCUGGGGAGGGAUGUCAGAGUGGCACUGUGAGAAACAAGUGUGGUUUUUUCCUCUUUGGUGAUGAUAAAUGACCUCAUCUGAGCUCUAUGAUCCUAUUUUUACUUCAAAUCCCUGACUUUAGGGAACCAUCUGAGAGAAAAGUGUACAAAGAAGUGAUGUUAUAGCUCCCUCUAGUGGAUGAUGGAUCGUGUAAUGUAUUGGAUAACUGCUUGGAGAGUUGUAAUAUGGAUGACAGAAUUAUCCUUUUUCAUCAAAUUGCAGAGCUUAUAUGCUUAUCUAUUAUUUUUUAUCCUUAUGACCAUAAUUCUGCCAAACAGGUUUCAACAGGUGAUUGUUUUUAGUAUUCAUGUUUCUUUUCAUUUUUCCCAAAAAUUGUUGGUGUUUUCCUCUAAAGUUAAAGUCCUGUUGAUAAUUAUGCAAAGGUACCGCCUUACACACACUUAAAUGCCCAGUCUUUACAAUUUCUAUUUAUCAUGCAGGCUUUUUUUCCGACAGUUUGAAUUAAACGAAAACAGCAAAUGAACAUAUAAUCUUCAUAACAUGUCUGUAUAAUGUUUGUGCGAUGCAACACUUGAUAAUCUCACACCUGUGAUGUCUAGACACAAUUUUCUGAUGAACUUAAUUUCAGGCUUCAUUUUCUGCUGGUCAGUGGCUUACAAUAAAGAAGUUUUUAAAAUAUAUAUAAAAUGAAUGGAUUAAAACUUAAAUGCUUAUUAUACACUUAUUCUUUUGAAUUUUGUCAAACCACUCUAGCCUAAUUUAUAUCUGAUGAGAAAGAGUACAUGUGUUGGUGUUUUCCUGAGUUGAUCCCUUUCUUUCCUCAGUGAGAAAACUCCAAACAGUAAAGGCGUUACAGUGACAUUUACAGCAUGAGAGGUUUAUAAGAUAACACACUGUGUUGUUUUCUGACAGUGUUGUUUUUUUCUCCCUGACACUUGCUCUCAGGGCUAAAGACCCCGGCGACAGCAGCAGUGAUUCAGACAGCUCUUCCAGUGACUCAUCAUCAGACAGCAGCGACUCCUCCAGCUCCUCUUCGGAUGACAGCAACAGCAGCAGUGACAGCGAAGAUGACAGCUCUUCCUCAUCUUCCUCUUCCUCCUCCUCCUCUUCAUCUUCCAACAGCUCAGACUCAGGAAGCAGCAGCGAUUCAGAUCAAGGACCUCCAAAGAAGAAGAAAAAGAAGAAAUAAACAUGUUAUUUUGUUUUUGUUUUCUUGUUUGUUUCCAAAAGUCAUUUUUACCUGUCCAAGUUAAUCCCUUGAUUUCUUCCCACUUGUUCGGAUCUGAAGGGACAGGAUAUCUUCAUCUUUAAGUUGCCUAAUGUUUGUACAGCUUUUACAGAAUUAGAGAUCAGAAAGGAGGCUUUUAUUUUAGUCUUAUGAACUCUUUUCAACAUGUAAUUUCCCUUUUGCUCCUAGUAAUGUGAUAUUUUCUCAAGUUUAUAGAUCUACUGAGCAUAAACAUUUUAAGGGUGUGAAAAAACUAAUGUCCAUAUUCAUGUUAAAACAGUGACUUUGUACUAAAGUAUAUUUUUGAGUCGAACUUGACCUGUACAGCCCACAGUCUUAACAAAGCAGAACCAUUACUAGCAAUGAAAAACACUGAGAUGAGAAAUUGUUAAAGAUUACCAAAUAAAUGUUCUCUUUGUAAAAUUUUACAUACGUUUAAAACUAGAGGGUAUUGUUACUUUAAAUUGUUGUACUGUAAAAUAAACUUUCUUUUGUUUCUAAGUC